AUGUCCGGCAUCAACUGGGCGCUUGAAGAGAAUGGAGCUCAGAUCGCCGAGGUGUCUCACGAGGCGGCGCACGUCGCCAGCACCGCCUCCCACCUGCUGCAGCUCCGCGAAGACCAACUUUGGGUCACCGGUGAUGCCCCGCAACACGUGACGGUGUACCUCUCUGCGUCUCACCCACCGCUACAAUACGCCGGCUGGCACGUGUGGCAAGACUACCUUACCAAUCCCCGCAUGGUCGAGAUCGCGUCUGGCGCGUCACCAGACACGAUGAGCGUUCUCCUUGUAUGUCAAGCACUACCUGGAGCUGGUACCCAGGUGUGGAAGCUUCCGCGUGCAAUCCCGCAAGAGCACCGAUACGUGCGCUACAGGAUCAUGGACACCUUCGGCCCAGGCCCAACGUACAUGAACAAAAUUGUGCUCCUGGAGAAUGACCCUGGCUCGCGUUACGGCGCGCCCAGCCAACUAGUAGAACGCGCCGCAGCGUCAAUGGAUGACUUUCUUCGUGGAGAAUCCGUUUCUCCGCGCCCAUCUGCCGCUACGGUGUUGCCCCACAUGUCUUCUCCGGCAUCCGCAUUGCGACCAGCCGGUGCUGCUGGCAGCUUGGACAGAAGCCCUCUACCACGACUGGCCCCGCCGACGUCGGUGCUGCCUGGCGCAGCUACCGCCUCGACACCCACCCCUCGCGGCGCUCGUUCGGCAGAUGUUGAGGUGUUCAUCGGCUCUGGGCUGUCUGCGUCAGUGCACCGUGGCGAUUGCACAAACGGCAGCGCUGUCGGUCGCUCGCCGGGAGAAACUCGCAGCUGCAGCCGCAUGAGCCAACUACUCCGUGACCUCGACGACGACAUCAAGAUGCUGAAGCCAAUCAAGAUCGUCUCCCCGGGAAAGAGCUUGCUCUUGCACAUGCCACAGGAGCCGCCCGCUAAAUCGUUGGGCAGUGGGAGCGAGGCCGAUGCUUCCGCAGCACAGCAGCGCGGAGAUAAUCGAGAAGGGAACGCCGAUGGUAAGGGCGACGACAAUGGCGAGGACAAGCCGACCGCACGUCACCACAACCGCCGGCAUCACUGUCGCAGCAGCAGUCGCCGUCGAAACCGCGAUGACCGAGGAAGGCGCAGCCGCAACAAGGGGUCUGCACAGCCGGAAGGUAGCCAAACCCCCCAGCCAACCCCAAUGAGCACCUCACCGAUGGCUUUGGGAGGUUGGGCACCGCCUGCGGUGCCCUCCUCGGCAGUAGAGCUCUGUUCCUUGCACAGUGCGCGUCUAGGUGCGCUGGAGCAAGCAGUUGCGGCGCUGAACGAGGCUGUGCAGUACCAGCGCGAUGAUCUCACCAUGGUUAGACGCGUAGUGCUGCAGCAGGCGAUGGAGCGCCGCAGGGAGGCGGAGCAGCGAUACGAGGAAACGCGAAAGAUGAGUGCUGCAGCCGCUGCACCUCCACCGGUCGUCGACGCUGACGCCAAGCUCCUCGCGUUACAGGUAGCUGUGCCAGAUCAGCGACUGACGCACCGCAGCAUAAUGGUCGACUUUCCUGAGGAUGUUUUACGCGCCUAUGUGGAGUCCGUGCUAGACCACAAGCUGCAGAAGCACAUGAAAAAGGUUGAAGCAAAGCUGCUGCAGCGGCUGGACAAGCAACUGCAUGACCUGAUCAACUUUCUCUCCGAGUCCAUUGAGACCCGGUUGGCUAGACUGACCCUGUCAACCGCGACGAUGCAGGGGCAGGUAGCGAUGCCAUACCAGCCCUGCUAUGCGGGACGCUGGACGCCGACUCAAGCUGGCGGUCCGCCGACAGGCUCGCCGCCUGGUGUGCACAGCAUGCCUCACGGCUCCGCCAACACUGUCGGCCGCAAGGUGGACCUUAGUGAUAUCGGCUCCUCUCUAAGCUCACCGAAAGGGCACCACUAUCACACGCCACUAACGCGCACGGACGCAAGUGCGAGAGGGCCAGCGAGUGGCACCGCCGCCGCCGCCGCUCCCGCAGCGCUUCCGGCUUCGUAUGUGGCCAUGCGCAACUUACCGCAUGCCUGUCGCGCCGUAACUGGGGCGCCGUCUGUCUUCAUUACAAAGCGCAAUUUCUCUUGA